AUGAGUGAUUUAAAAACUGAACUUAGUAUUCAUGUAUUUCGUGAUGCCAGUAAACUCGCAUACAGCACAGUUAUAUUCCUUCGAAAGGUCCAAGAAGAAAAAGAGAUUGUGGAUAAAUUGAUACUCGAGAGAUACUUGAAGUCUUUACAUGCUGGAGUACAAUUUGUGUUGGCUGAUAUCAGACAACAUUUUUGGAUCUUGAGAGGGAGAAAAAUCCUCCAAAGAGUGAUCUUGAAAUGGGUUCGAUGCAGAAGACAUGAUUCAAGGGGAGUGGAAUCUGUGCCAACUACCUUACCAGAAGAUAGAAUUCGCGAUUCUUUGGUAUUUGAAGUUUCUGGGGUAGAUUUAGCAGGCCUACUUCAUUUGAAAGAUGGCAAAAAAGCUUGGAUUCUCCUGUUUACUUGCGCCGUAUAUCGAGCCGUGCAUCUGGAACUCAUUCGAAGCCUGACAGCAAGCUGCUUCAUUUUAGGUUUCAGAAGAUUCAUUGCUCGACGAGGACGGCCCAAAAUAAUGUAUAGUGACAAUGGAAGUAAUUUCGUUGGAACGGAUAAACUGUUGAAAUCAAUUGAUUGGGAUAAAAUCAUUAAUGAUGCUUCAAUAUUCAGGAUACAGUGGAAAUUCAACCCUCCCACUGCAGCAUGGUGGGGUGGGCGAGUUUUAGGAAAAGCCUGUCUCAUGUAUGAAGAAAUGUCAACUAUUUUGUGCGAUGUCGAAGCUGUUAUCAACGGCAGGCCUCUUACUUACAUUUCAGAAGAUUCAAAGGACUUACUCCCACUCACCUCAUCAAUGUUCAUUCAAGAUAUACGAGACUUCGGUGUACCAGAUUUAGACCACAUAGAUACUGUUAGCAUCACAAAAAGAUGGAAAUAUCAACAAUCUUGA